CACCCACCUAGUUUUAUAUACUCGGGAAAAGCAACUGCCUUCAUCUGCAAACAUUCCUUGCCAUAACUCCCACUGUCUUACAACACUGUAACACCUUGCAUUAGCAAAUAUUAUAUAUCUUGUGCUUUUUCACAUAUUUAUCAGUCAUGGUAUGAAUGAGAAUGUGGUAGAUUGGGAAGGAGGGGACUGGACUGGACUGGUAUGGUAGAUUGGGAAGGAGGGGAGUGAACUGGUAUUCUAUUUGAUGGGGAAUUGUGCUUUUGGGAGUUUUGCAGAGGUGGAGGAGGCCAUUAAGGUCAUGACCCCCAGUGGAGGGGUGAUGGAGUUUGAUGGACCCCUCACUGCUGAAUGCAUUACCAAUGACUACCCAGGUCAUGGAAUCUUCCAUGGGUGUCUCACAUCUACUUCUCAGCCCCUGCCUCACAAUGAAGACCUCCUCAAUGGAGAAUUGUACUACCUGCUGCCUCUGAAUCACAGUCACAGUCACAGUCACAGUCACCCAGAGGAGGAGGCAGAGAAGGGGGUGUCUCUGCCAGCCCCAGCCCAGUUGCCCUGUGCCUCUGAUCACCUCCUUCCUAGGAUUUCUACCCACACCAUUUCUACUGUCACCAAAUGCAGGAAGCCAUGCAUAGAGAUGAUUCCUAAGCAGAGGAGUGGAGUGUGGAGGGUGAAGCUUGUCAUAACUCCAGAACAGCUCACAGAGAUUCUGUCCCAGGAGUCCAAUACAGAGGCCCUGAUUGAGAGUGUCAGAACUGUGGCUAAAUGUGCUACUACUACUAAUGCUUGCCAAGAUCACGAUCAUGGAGACUGUAACUCCUUGAAACCAUCUGUGGAGAUGCUAUCAGAUGUGGCUGUGGAUGAGUCUGUGGGUGCACAGAUGGAUAGAGGGAUUUGAAGAUGGAUUGUGGGCUGCCUUCUAGACCUGCCCAAUGUAUCAAUGCAAUAAUUCUGGGCCCCUGUUUGAUGGCUGGUGCAGGGUAUCUGUAUGAAGCCCAUUAAAAGUUUACUGUGUAUAGUCUGUAUCAGGAGGGUUCUUCCUUGGCUUGGAUCUGCCAUUGAAGCUGAAGUUGGAACGCUAUGGGCACUGUAUUGUUAUUUUUUCUAUAAUAAACCAACUAUGCAAGAAUCUCAUCAGUAGAUUUUUGGGAA